AUGGCCGACUUUGUCAAGGGUUUGUUCGGCGGACAGAAGCCAGCGAAGGUGCCAGUUGCUGGUGAUGAUGCACCAGACUUCGCAGACUAUGCGGGCGCUCCUGAGCCCACGCCUGCAGCCAUCUCGCCUUUCACCUCGACUGCGCCGGCCAUAGCGCCCACGGCAACCGCGGUCGGUGCGCGUCCCUACACGGCAUGGUACCGCGUGUGGGAGCGCACGACCCUGGAGGACUUCAGGGUGGAGAUGUAUGUGCUGCCCUUCCUCUUGGCCAUUGUCCUCGUCCACCUCUGGGGCACCAAAAAGAACCGCAACAAGGCCAAGGUCUGGAUCAACGCGCACGCGCCUGUCCUGCAGCAGGAGUUCGCUCAGGUCGGAUACCUGCGUCCCGAGAUCUCGCCCGCAGACGAUGCCAUUAUCACGCAGAGGGCCAUCGAUGAGGCGACCAACCCGGACAACCUGCUUCGCGAGAAGAAGUCGGACGAGUUCCAGACAUAUGCAUCCGGCCGCCAGAACGUUGCCUUUGUCGACUUCAAGUUGUCCAUGCUGAAGCGCUACAACCCCUUCAUGCUCCUCGGCGAGUACGUCGUCCCGCUGUUCCUCGAGAGCUUCCCCCCGCCCAUCGAGCGAAUGGAGGCCACCGCGUACGUCUUCGACGGCCAGGAGACCAAGGUCGCGCCCUCGUACGGCAGGAGCGACGCGAAGAAGGUCCCCAACAGCACUUUCGACGGCUUCGUCUUCGCCGUCGUGCACAAGGAUAUCAUGAAGCGGAUGCGUGACGAGCGCUACGACCUGUCUCUCACCACGACGCGCGACCACGCCAAACUCCCCGUGUGGACGACGGUCAUGAGCGAGAGCGCCGAGGUCACCGACCUGCUCCUCACGCCCGAGCUGAUCAAGGCUGUCAAUGAAGCUGGCGACAGCUUCGAAGCCCUCGUCGUCAGCGACCAGCCCAUGGACCAGCCCAAGAACCUCGACGAAACCAAGCCCCGCAAGCGCAUCAGCCUCGCCCUCAAGCUCUCCCCCACCUACACCGCCUCGCUCCCGCUCUUCUCGUACUUCCUCCGCAUGCCCGACCACCUCGCCUCGUCGGCGCACUUUCGCCCCGAAGCCCUGCGCCGCAUCAAGCAGACGCGCGACGAGCAGAUUGCUAAGAUCCGCAAGCUGGACGAGGAGGAGAAGGCUGAGGAGAGGAAACUGACCGCUGAUAAGCUGAAGAAGGAACAGAGGGAUGCUAAGCUCGGGAGACUGAGCGCCGAGGAGCAGAGGAAGUUUUUGGAUAAGGAGAGGGAGAAGCAGGCGAGGAAGGGGAUGAAGAAGAGCACUGUUAAGGCGUAG